CCCCGUCUCUCUCCUCAAAACACUGAUAACAUUCACCCACCACACUUUAUUGCUGGAAUCUGAUACCCACAACAGAGAGAACCAAAACCCAAUCGCCGGAAUCUGACACACACAGCCGGAAUUCCCAAUUCACCCACCCAAAAAAAUGGGUAUCUCCAACUCUGCCACCACCGACUCCCACUACCACACACACAGGGUUUUCCUCUUCUGCAACUACAUUCUCCUGGGCGCCGCCUCCAGCUGCAUCUUCCUGACACUCUCCCUCCGCCUGGUCCCCUCCGUCUGCGGCUUCUUCCUCAUCCUCCUCCACGCCCUCACCAUCGCCGGCGCCGUCGCCGGCUGCGCCGCGGCCUCCUCGGGGGCCAAUAAGUGGUACGCAGCUCACAUGGUGGCCACCGUCCUCACCGCCAUAUUCCAAGGCUCUGUUUCGGUGCUCAUCUUCACCCGAUCCGCCGACUUCCUCGGGGACCUGAAGUCCUACGUGAGAGUGGAGGAUGGGGUUGUGAUCUUGAGAUUGGCCGGUGGUUUGUGCAUUCUCAUCUUCUGCUUGGAGUGGGUGGUGCUCACGCUUGCAUUUGCGUUGAAGUACUAUGCGUAUGUGGAAAAUGACGGUAUUAAUAAUGCCAAGGCAAUGAGGAGUGCUAAGGUUCAAGAGGAGGAGAUGAAAGAUUGGCCAUGGCCUUUCCAGGUCUAAUUCAAUAUACACAUAUACAUAUAUACAUAUAUAUAUAUGUGUGUGUGUGUGGAUAAAUGUGUUAGUUGAAUUGGGGAUUAUGUAAUUUUGAUUGGGGUUUUGGAGGGUGAACUAGGGCGCUGCUAGUUCUUGAAUUUGUUUAUUUGGGGUGUGAGUUGGGUGAUAUAUUGUGGGGGAUGGAUUAAAAAUGUCUUUAAUUUGUUAUUCUUCAUCAUUAUGUUAUAUUCAUAUUCAUUUAUGAUUAUUUUUUGGCUA